AUGUAUUAUAGUAUGGUAUGUUUAUCAAGAGCACCAAGAGGAAAAAAGAAGUCUGUUACUGUUGUUACUGGUUUAAGUUCUUUUAAUAUAGACUUGAAAGUAGCAGCAAAAUUUUUUGGUACAAAAUUUGCUUGUGGGUCUAGUGUUACAGGUGAUGAUGAAAUUGUUAUACAAGGUGAUGUAAAAGAUGAUUUAUUUGAUAUUAUACCUGAAAAGUGGCCAGAAAUUGAUGAAGAUUACAUUGAAGAUCUUGGAGAUCUUAAACGAUGAUGUACUCCAAAAAUAAUUUUGAAGUAUAACAAUAAUAGUUUUUGGUUUAUAAAUUGAUGUUUUAUAUUUUAAUUUAAAUGUAUUUGAUACAAAUAAUAAAAUUAAAAAUAUAUGUUUA